UCCUCUGCACAACAUCCCUCAGUGCGGGGUGUGCUCCAAGUCAGAACAAGGACUUUACCGUGAAAUUACAAUAAAAUAAUCAAAAAACAAAUGCAUUAAUGUUUUUAAUGUCAUUUUGGCUUAGUGCUCGGAUUAAGUGAAGUGGAAAAAGCUGUUAUGCGGAACAAAGAGUGUGCAAUGCACCCGGCUAACAGGUGACGUUGCCGGCUCCACCCGCGGAAUAUGUCAUGGGACUCGCUCGAGUCACGCGACUUCCUCGGCAGGGCGCCUGCGCACCAGCUGUCUGCUUCGCGGUUGAUUAGCUCGCCUGACCCAUCGCGACACCGCCACGAUGAACCACCAGAACUAUACUCGUUCUCCGAGGAAUUCCCAACAGAGGUGCGCAAUGGGCGAUGGGGGGCGCGGUUCGGUCCAGCACAUCGUCCUUCUAUGGGAUGGUGUGAAUGCUUCCGGAUCGUAAGAUCUAGAAUCGACCAAUAUCUAGCCAGGCGGAAGAUUGAGCGCGGGGUAAGACUAUACAGUCAGAAUGAACAACGACAAGCAGUUAAAAUAUGGCUGUCUGCGUUACGAGGCGUUAGGCAUCGAAGCGAUAAAUUUGCAUUGCUUGGACAUCUUUAUCAGGCUUUUAUGGACUUUGGAAAGUAUAGGGAAUCUCUGGAGUUUGCAAACCGUCAACUGGGUAUAUCAGAAGAGCUGGAUUCGGCUCCUAUGAGGGCUGAAGCCUAUCUCAACCUGGCCAGGUCUCAACAGACCCUUGGCGGAUUAGACAGAGCACUCUCCUACGCUCGUCAUGCACUAUACAAUGACUGUGGGGGAGGCUCUACUGCCGGCUGUGUUCAUCUCACAGUCGCCAGCGUCAGUUUGGAGCUCGGGGCAUUCUCGAAGGCGAUGGACAGCUUUCAAAAGGCAUUGGCUGUUGCACAAGCACAAAACGACAAUACACUUCUACUUCAAGUAUAUGUAGGUCUCUCAGAACUUUGGCGUCGCCUUCGUGAUACAGAAAGAGCUGUUGCUUGUGCGGCACGCGCGUGUGACCUCGGCCGCGGUCCUCGCGCGACUGAUCUCAACACUAGACACCACAGACUUGCUUUAUUACAAAUGGCCGCUGCGCUAAGGGCAAGAGGAGAGCUGGGGGACGCGUACGAUUAUUGUAAUGAAGCCCUGCGUCUCUCAACCGUGGCAGGUGAUCAAGGCAGUUUUGCACGAGCUGUGAGAAUAGCGGGGGACGUAUACCGACGAAAAUGUGACUUUAACAAGGCUUUGAGACAUUACGAAGUAGCAAUGGGAGCGGGGCAGUCUUUGGGGGACCGUUUGGCCCAGAUGGAGGCAAUGGACGGUGCGGCAAGGUGUCUUGAGGCGCUUCGGGUCCAAGGGCGAAUAUGCAAUUGCCGCCCUCUGGAGUUUAACACCCGGCUGCUUGAGGUUGCUACUUCUGUUGGAUCUAAGAUGCUAGUCCGCCGCGUGCGUCUACGUUUAGCUGAGAUCUACACAGCGUUGGGAGAUAACAACGCAGCCGCAAGACAACGCAAAGCAGCUGGCGCCUGGGCUGCACCCGCGUGUGCUAAAUGUCGGGAACCACUCGCCGAUAGACCCGAACCAUUGGCUUCCUUACCUUGCGCGCACAUCGUUCAUCACGCGUGUAUGCCGGAGUCAUGGUCCCGCCGCUCAGUCCGCAGUACGGGUGGGGAAUGCGCCGAAUGUGCCUCCCCCCGCGCGCCACGUGACCCGCCCCCUGCACCACCCGCGCCUCGAAAUCUACCCGCACAGGACUUUCCAUUCGGUUCUCCUCCACCAAUGAGAGAGCCGGACUUAAACUCGGUUCGUUCCGACCAAAGCAGCCAGGAGGAAAGUGUAUAAAACGUUAUUAUUAUGUAUUUUUUACCGUUUUACGAAGCCCGUUAAAUACGCUCAAAAAUUAUUGUAACCUCUUAGUAACCAGUGCUGUCCACAUACAGAAGUACUUUUUGUGGACUGUUACGAAGCGGGAGUAACUUUUUUUAAAAGAAUUAACGUAAUACAUUACGGAACGUAUAUAAUAGCAAUAAUAUUUAUUGUGCCAAGCAUGAGUAUCGCUUUAUAUCGCUUUGGAUGGUUUUUAUAAAUCUAAAUCAUUCAAAAUUCAUUCAAAUCGGUCAAGCCGUUUAAGAUAAGUUUUGUGACAUACACGCGUACAGUUAAGAUAAUGUGUUUAAAAAUAUCUUUUGCAAGUGUUUUUGAUUUGAUUAUAAUCAUCAUAAUAUACUCAUUCUUGGUAUAAUUCCUACUAAAUAAUAUUCAAAU